AUGGAGGUGGUGGAUGAGAGCGGUGGCCACAGGGAGAUGAUGGAGGUGGUGGAUGAGAGCGGUGGCCACAGGGAGAUGAUGGAGAUGCUAGGCAACACCCUCAUGGCCAUGUUGAACAAGUACUGGAUCUACAUCUGCGGCGGCAUGUUCUUCUUCGUCAGCUUCGAGGGACGCAUCGUCAUGUACAAGAUCAUCUACAUGAUGCUCCUCCUCUUCUGUGUGGCCUGCUACCAGGUACUGUUACUGUAGGCUUACUGUACCUUCCUGUCUGGCUGGCUCUGUGCAGGGUUUUGAUCUAGCCCAGCGCUGAUGCACCUUUUGGGGCCUUUCCUUCGGUUACCGGGGAAACUAAAUCAAGUGCACUCCACAUAUACAAUUUCUAUACAUCCGGAGUGUGCGAGAAAGUACGAAAAUGUAUGCACUCACUACUGUAAGUCGCACUGGAAAAGAGUGUCUGCUAAGUGACUCACUACUGUAAGUCUCUCUGGAUAAGAGCGUCUGCUAAAUGACUGACGACUGUAAGUCUCUCUGGAUAAGAGCGUCUGCUAAAUGACUCACAACUGUAAGUCUCUCUGGAUAAGAGCGUCUGCUAAAUGACUGACUACUGUAAGUCUCUCUGGAUAAGAGCGUCUGGUAAAUGACUCACUACUGUAAGUCUCUCUGGAUAAGAGCGUCUGGUAAAUGACUGACUACUGUAAGUCAUUCUGGAUAAGAGCGUCUGCUAAAUGACUCACUACUGUAAGUCUCUCUGGAUAAGAGCAUCUGCUAAAUGACUCACUACUGUAAGUCUCUCUGGAUAAGAGCGUCUGCUAAAUGACUCACUACUGUAAGUCAUUCUGGAUAAGAGCGUCUGCUAAAUGACUGACUACUGUAAGUCUCUCUGGAUAAGAGCAUCUGCUAAAUGACUCACUACUGUAAGUCUCUCUGGAUAAGAGCGUCUGCUAAAUGACUCACUACUGUAAGUCGUUCUGGAUAAGAGCGUCUGCUAAAUGACUCACUACUGUAAGUCUCUAUGGAUGAGAGUGUCUGGUAAAUGACUCACUACUGUAAGUCUCUCUGGAUAAGAGCGUCUGCUAAAUGACUCACUACUGUAAGUCUCUCUGGAUAAGAGCGUCUGCUAAAUGACUCACUACUGUAAGUCUCUCUGGAUAAGAGUGUCUGGUAAAUGACUCACUACUGUAAGUCUCUCUGGAUAAGAGCAUCUGCUAAAUGACUGACUACUGUAAGUCUCUCUGGAUAAGAGCGUCUGCUAAAUGACUCACUACUGUAAGUCUCUCUGGAUAAGAGCGUCUGCUAAAUGACUGACUACUGUAAGUCUCUCUGGAUAAGAGCGUCUGCUAAAUGACUCACUACUGUAAGUCUCUCUGGAUAAGAGUGUCUGGUAAAUGACUCACUACUGUAAGUCUCUCUGGAUAAGAGUGUCUGGUAAAUGACUCACUACUGUAAGUCUCUCUGGAUAAGAGCGUCUGCUAAAUGACUGACGACUGUAAGUCUCUCUGGAUAAGAGCGUCUGCUAAAUGACUCACAACUGUAAGUCUCUCUGGAUAAUAGCGUCUGCUAAAUGACUGACGACUGUAAGUCUCUCUGGAUAAGAGCGUCUGCUAAAUGACUCACAACUGUAAGUCUCUCUGGAUAAGAGCGUCUGGUAAAUAACUCACUACUGUAAGUCUCUCUGGAUAAGAGUGUCUGCUAAGUGACUCACUACUGUAAGUCUCUCUGGAUAAGAGCGUCUGCUAAAUGACUGACUACUGUAAGUCUCUCUGGAUAAGAGCGUCUGCUAAAUGACUGACGACUGUAAGUCUCUCUGGAUAAGAGCGUCUGCUAAAUGACUCACAACUGUAAGUCUCUCUGGAUAAGAGCGUCUGCUAAAUGACUGACUACUGUAAGUCUCUCUGGAUAAGAGCGUCUGCUAAAUGACUCACUACUGUAAGUCUCUCUGGAUAAGAGCGUCUGGUAAAUGACUGACUACUGUAAGUCAUUCUGGAUAAGAGCGUCUGCUAAAUGACUCACUACUGUAAGUCUCUCUGGAUAAGAGCAUCUGCUAAAUGACUCACUACUGUAAGUCUCUCUGGAUAAGAGCGUCUGCUAAAUGACUCACUACUGUAAGUCAUUCUGGAUAAGAGCGUCUGCUAAAUGACUGACUACUGUAAGUCUCUCUGGAUAAGAGCAUCUGCUAAAUCACUCACUACUGUAAGUCUCUCUGGAUAAGAGCGUCUGCUAAAUGACUCACUACUGUAAGUCGUUCUGGAUAAGAGCAUCUGCUAAAUGACUCACUACUGUAAGUCUCUAUUGAUGAGAGUGUCUGGUAAAUGACUCACUACUGUAAGUCUCUCUGGAUAAGAGCGUCUGCUAAAUGACUCACUACUGUAAGUCUCUCUGGAUAAGAGUGUCUGGUAAAUGACUCACUACUGUAAGUCUCUCUGGAUAAGAGCAUCUGCUAAAUGACUGACUACUGUAAGUCUCUCUGGAUAAGAGCGUCUGCUAAAUGACUCACUACUGUAAGUCUCUCUGGAUAAGAACGUCUGCUAAAUGACUGACUACUGUAAGUCUCUCUGGAUAAGAGCGUCUGCUAAAUGACUCACUACUGUAAGUCUCUCUGGAUAAGAGUGUCUGGUAAAUGACUCACUACUGUAAGUCUCUCUGGAUAAGAGUGUCUGGUAAAUGACUCACUACUGUAAGUCUCUCUGGAUAAGAGCGUCUGGUAAAUGACUCACUACUGUAAGUCUCUCUGGAUAAGAGCAUCUGCUAAAUGACUGACUACUGUAAGUCUCUCUGGAUAAGAGCGUCUGCUAAAUGACUCACUACUGUAAGUCUCUCUGGAUAAGAACGUCUGCUAAAUGACUGACUACUGUAAGUCUCUCUGGAUAAGAGCGUCUGCUAAAUGACUCACUACUGUAAGUCUCUCUGGAUAAGAGUGUCUGGUAAAUGACUCACUACUGUAAGUCUCUCUGGAUAAGAGUGUCUGGUAAAUGACUCACUACUGUAAGUCUCUCUGGAUAAGAGUGUCUGCUAAAUGACUCACUACUGUAAGUCUCUCUGGAUAAGAGUGUCUGGUAAAUGACUCACUACUGUAAGUCUCUCUGGAUAAUAGCGUCUGCUAAAUGACUCACUACUGUAAGUCUCUCUGGAUAAGAACGUCUGCUAAAUGACUGACUACUGUAAGUCUCUCUGGAUAAGAGCGUCUGCUAAAUGACUCACUACUGUAAGUCUCUCUGGAUAAGAGUGUCUGGUAAAUGACUCACUACUGUAAGUCUCUCUGGAUAAGAGUGUCUGGUAAAUGACUCACUACUGUAAGUCUCUCUGGAUAAGAGUGUCUGGUAAAUGACUCACUACUGUAAGUCUCUCUGGAUAAGAGCGUCUGCUAAAUGACUCACUACUGUAAGUCUCUCUGGAUAAGAACGUCUGCUAAAUGACUGACUACUGUAAGUCUCUCUGGAUAAGAGCGUCUGCUAAAUGACUCACUACUGUAAGUUGUUCUGUAUAAGAGCGUCUGCUAAAUGACUCGGAUGUAAAAUGAGUGUUCUAUAACUAACAAACUACACAUACUGGAACAGUGAAUGGUGAUUUGAAGGUAUGUGUAAUGUUUUGUAACAGCCUGCCUCUCUGGCCAUCACCAGGUGCACUAUGAGUGGUGGAGGAGGAUGCUGAAGUACUUCUGGAUGUCUGUGGUGGUCUACACCAUGCUGGUCCUCAUCCUGGUCUACACCUUCCAGUUUGACUCCUCCAUCCACGUCUGGUCCAACAUGACCGGAAUGAGCAAAGACAAGUGAGUAAAGAGAAAUGGAGAGAGCGAGAGAGUGUGUGUGUGUGUGUGUGUGUGUGUGUGUGUGUGCCUUUACCAUCGUUCCGUGUCAACCGCCCUCCUCCCCCUGUCUCUCCCUGUGUAGACUGGAGGACCUGGGUCUGGAGAAGUUCUCUGUCCCGGCUCUGUUCACGAGGAUCUUCAUCCCCACCUCCUUCCUGUUGGUCUGCAUCCUCCACUUCCACUACUUCCACCAGCGCUUCCUGCUGCUCACUGACAUCAAGACGGUGGCCGACAAGCAGAAGAGCACAAUCACCAGGUGAGACAGCACACUGGAAAAUAAGUUGUGACUCUCUGGCAGUGCCCUGAGUCCCACUAAGUCUCACAGGAUUCAAAACUAUUCGACAAAGGGUCACUCCACUCCUUUAUAGAGCACAGGAAGUGGAAGGAUGUAUAGUACUGACAGGGAGUUCAAAAAGUAUUUAGGUUUGUUAAAAGCAUGUCAUUCCAUCUAUUCAAUUAACUUAAGAUUCAAUAUCAAUAUCAGCGCUAUUUUUCUUUAACAGAUUUUACAUUACUUUUCACAUUGCAAAUUGUUUAUAAUAAUAAUAUGCCUUUAAUUUGUUUCAUUCACUUCUAAAAUGGACAAAAUUUGACCGAUAGAUAUUUUAUCUUAAAAAAUGUCUGACUCCACGAAUGGUGGUCCUCGAGGUAUUGGCAGUGAUUUGGUGAUCCCCGGAAUGGAACAGGUUGGGAACCGCAGAUCUAGAAUUAUCUAGUAACCUCUAAUUUAAUUAAAACUGUCCAAAUUCUGUCCAGCAAUUAAUUUAUGUGAAAUCCACCAUGGCUAUCCAUUACCCAUGCCCCUACUGGCUGGCAGUUUAACUAUAAUGCCCCCUCUCUUUAUCUGCUUGUGUCUGAUCCUUUUGUCCUUACCUGUUAUCCUCUUAAGGAUCGGACCCUUUUUUUUUUUUUUUAUUUGCCUAAAAUGACAUACCAUAAUCUAACUGCCUGUAGCUCAGGACCUGAAGCAAGGACAUGCAUAUUCUUGAUACCAUUUAAAAGGAAACACUUUGAAGUUUGUGGAAAUGUGAAAUUAAUGUAGGAGAAUAUAACACAUGCGUUUUCUAUUUAUUUUCUUGUUCCAUCAUCUUUGAAAUGCAAGAGAAAGGCCACAAUAUAAUAUUGCAGUUUGGCGCAAUUUAGCAGUGUGUGUGCAAAGUUUCAGAUUGAUCCAGCGAAGCGUUGCAAUACUGGACUAUUUUGUAUCAAGUCUGCCCAAAUGUGCCGAAUUGGUCAAUUGAUACAUUUUCAAGUACAUAACUAUAGAGAACAUACAAAAAUGAUAUGGUAAUACAAAAUGUAAGUUUACACACUCCCAGGAAUGUCAUACAUGAUGGAUCAUUAGCUUAUACACUAACUUUCACAUAACUAGAUGGCCGGGCGGGGUGGGUGUGGAGCCAGAGACAGCAGGGGUUCAAACUGUAGAACCCAGUUCCAACAUUUGAAUAUAAAAAUUGAUUUUAUCAAACAAAACUAUGCUACAUUUUAUCUCUGGGACCUUUAGGAUGACAAAUCAGAGCAAGAUUACUGAAUGUAAGUACAUUAUUUACCUUCAGAGGUGAAUGUUCCCUGUAGCUCAGUUGGUAGAGCAUGGUGCUUGCAACGCCAGGGUUGUGGGUUCGUUUCCCACGGGGGGCCAGUAUGAAAAUAUAUGCACUCAUAAGAGCGUCUGCUAAAUGACUAAAAUGUUAAUGUAAUAUAUCAAACCAGUUAUAGUGCUAAGUUUUUUUGUUGUUGUUCACUCUCCUCAAACAAUAGCAUGGUAUUUUUUCACUGUAAUAGCUACUGUAAAUUGGACAGUGCAGUUAGAAUACCAAGAAUUUACGCUUUCUGCCCAUAUAAGACAUGUCUAUGUCCUGGAAAGUUUGCUGUUACUUACAACAGUCAUGCUAAUCACAUUAGCGCACGUUAGCUCAACCGUCCCGUAUACGGGACACCGAUCCGGUAGAGGUUAAACCACUAGGGCACUUGUUGUACCAUUAGGGCACCUGAUGUAACAUUAGGGCACCUGUUAUUCCAUUAGUUUUAGGGCACCUGCUUUAGCUUUAGCUAACUAGUUGUUGUCAAUGUAGCAUUGUUGACUGCAGAAACCACUUUCUUCCAUUGCUUCGCCAUGCCAAAGUCAACACACACACACACACACACACACACACACACACACACACACACACACACACACACACACACACACACACACACACACACUCACACGCUCACACACUAGCCCUCACCAAGGAAAGCUAAGCAAAGCUGGCCUGAAAGACAAAAUAUGUUGUCUUCCACCUUUUCUAAAAUCUAAAAAUCUCUAAUUAUUUCAAUAGUGAUAGUUAUCCGUAAGGGAUUCCAUGCACAUACUAUAUCCUUAAUGUGAUCUCCUCCAUGUCAAUCCCACUGUUUUACUGUUCAGCCCCCCGGGGCACGCCCACUGUUUUACUGUUCAGCCCCCCGGGGCACGCCCACUGUUUUACUGUUCAGCCCCCCUGGGCACGCCCACUGUUUUACUGUUCAGCCCCCCUGGUUUUAAACUCUAUCCCAUUUCCAUCUAGCUCUAACAAGGUGUCAAGUUAAAACACUAACUAUGCCUCUGAACUUUGUAGUACAUCUAUCGCUGCCAAAGGUGCAGUGCAAGUAUUGUUGGAAUGCAAUGCUAGCAUUCAUCAAAUCAAUUUCAUCACCUGCUCUUUCAUUGAAGGCAUAUUUUGAUGGCUGACUUUUCUGGACCCCUCUUCUGGACAGCUAAAGGUCUGCAGCUUCUGCGCAUGUGCGGGAUUCUCUACUUUACACACAGUCUCUCCUCUACUCAUAGAGAACCUCCCUUCACAUUUCUCCCUGUCAAUCGUGAACGAUAAUUCUUCAAGUUUUACCAGUGAAACGUCCAUGCAGCAUCUGCAUACCAACCAUUUGAUCUCAAUCAGUUUCAAAGCACAUACUUUUUCACAGAGUUUUGGCCACAUGAGAGAAAAAUGCACAAUUCGCACAAUCAUCCUAAAAUCUUUAUAAGAAAUGAGGGGUUGUUUUUGGUGUAACAGUAACGUUAUACCAUGCUAUUAUACUCGGUUCUGUUAUGUAGAAUACUGAGAUCAUUGUGGGAUCUUGCAGACAUUGAUUCAGCUUUGAGCUAACUUUAUGAAAUGGGCACCAUUCACCAGAGUAGCCUGUUCCCUCUAAGUAGAGCAGAGUCUGUGUGUAAAGUGGAAAAUCCCACACAUGCGCAGACGCUUUGGGACCUUUAGAUGUCGGGAAGACGGGCCCAGAAAAGUCGGAUCCACAGCCGCUCUGUAGUUUGAUUUGGGAGAUUGCGAGUGGAUGUCCUCCCGAGUGGCGCAGUGGUCUAAGGCACUGCAUCACAGUGCUAGCUGUGCCACUAGAGAUCCUGGUUUGAAUCCAGGCUCUGUCGUAGCCGGCCGCGACCGGGAGACCCAUAGGGUGGCGCACAAGUCGUCCAGGGUAGGGGAGGGAAUGGCCGGCAGGGAUGUAGCUCAGUUGGUAGAGCAUGGCGUUUGCAACGCCAGGGUUGUGGGUUCGAUUCCCACGGGGGGCCAGUAUGAAAAAAAAAAAAAAUGAUGUAUGAACUCACUAACUGUAAGUCGCUCUGGAUAAGAGCGUCUGCUAAAUGACUUAAAUGUAAUGUUAAAUAAUUUCUCCAUAAGUUAGAAUACUUUUUACAGUACAGUUACUUGCCACAUGUUAUGAGGAAGAAGUGGCUGUGUGGACUGGUUGGUCUCUUUUGUUUACACCUAUCACUUUGAGACCAGUGGUCAUGAAGGGAAGGAGACAGAACAAAUUCUCUCUCGAUAACUACAGGGACCCAGCCUGACAGUGCCUCCCAUAGAAGGGAGGCACGGGGGAGGGAAUGGCCGGCAGGGAGGUAGCUCAGGUGGUAGAGCAUGACGUUUGCAACGCCAGGGUUGUGGGUUCGUUUCCCACGGGGGGCCAGUAUGAAAAAAAAAAGAAUAAUGUAUGCACUAACUGUAAGUCGCUCUGGAUAAGAGCGUCUGCUAAAAAAAAAAAAAAAAAAAAAAAAAAAAAAUUGAAGUAGAGGGACAACUAUUAGGAGCUUUAUCUAGAGGGGCAACUAUUAGGAGCUUUAUCUAGAGGGACAACUAUUAGGAGCUUUAUCUAGAGGGAAAACUAUUAGGAGCUUUAUCUAGAGGGACAACUAUUAGGAGCUUUAUCUAGAGGGACAACUAUUAGGAGCUUUAUCUAGAGGGACAACUAUUAGGAGCUUUAUCUAGAGGGGCAACUAUUAGGAGCUUUAUCUAGAGGGACAACUAUUAGGAGCUUUAUCUAGAGGGACAACUAUUAGGAGCUUUAUCUAGAGGGACAACUAUUAGGAGCUUUAUCUAGAGGGACAACUAUUAGGAGCUUUAUCUAGAGGGGCAACUAUUAGGAGCUUUAUCUAGAGGGACAACUAUUAGGAGCUUUAUCUAGAGGGACAACUAUUAGGAGCUUUAUCUAGAGGGACAACUAUUAGGAGCUUUAUCUAGAGGGACAACUAUUAGGAGCUUUAUCUAGAGGGACAACUAUUAGGAGCUAUCUAGAGGGACAACUAUUAGGAGCUUUAUCUAGAGGGACAACUAUUAGGAGCUUUAUCUAGAGGGACAACUAUUAGGAGCUUUAUCUAGAGGGACAACUAUUAGGAGCUUUAUCCGUUCUAGUCAUUCUAUUUCUAUCUCCACUCCCAGGCUGGUGCACCUAGAUGGCAGUCUAGCAGACAUCUCUCUGAUCAAACCGACCCUCACUGUGACCAACAAAGAUGAGGAGCCUGGGGAGAAGCCGCAGGCUGGGGAGAAGGCUCAGCUGGAAGAGGAAGAUGGGAAGGAGGAGGAGGAGGAGGAGGAGAAGAAGAGAAGUUAUGAGGAGGAGGAAGAGGAGGAGGAUAAGAGGUAUGAAGAACCCCUGGAGCACUGCAGCAAGGCGGAGUCCCCGGUCGACGAGAUGUCAGGUACCUAGAUAGAGAGCCUGACACACACAUGCACAGGGAAAACAAAUUAACAUUUGAUGAAAAACACAAAAUGUUAGUGGGUUUGCAAGCACCUUCAUUCAUCAUAUUUCAGCCAAUAAAAGUCGAUGAAUCUAAUAUAGAAGCCGUCAUCUGGAUUUUUUUAAAUGUUAUUUGGUGGAGUAUAAUAAAAUAAUUGAUUUGACGUGAUUGUGACAUAUCACACUACACUAGGGCUUUAUUGGAGUGAUAGGGAAUCAGACACAGAGAGAGAGGAAGACAGUGUCUAGACUUGUUGGAUGAGGUAACAGGCUUGGAAGCCAUGGCCAUGCUCCUCUAGUAUGAAUCAUUCUAUUAUGGUACCCUGGACACACCUCUUUGGAGACACCUCUUUCUCAGAGGUAUUUUCUCAUAGGUUCUCAUGGUUGUUACACUGUCCUUUAUGCACUAGUUCAAGGCAACGCUGCUAGCUACAGUUAGUUUGAUGGAUUUCGUUGAAGUCCAAUACAGUAGUUAUGCUGCAUGCGAUCCAGUUCUCUAGUAAUCUUUUCCCAGUGAGUGGUGUGUUCGUUUGAUGCUGACUACAGGCUGCUCAACACACUGUCUCCACAGUCGUUCCUCUGUUUGACCGUAUGUGGGCUGAGGGGAUUUCUGUGUGUUUGCGUGUGUGCUUGUGUGCGUCUGAACACUGACGCUGCCUCAGUGUCUUGACAGAACAAUGCUCGGGCUGUUCAACAUCUGUUUCCUGCUGAUGUAAGAAUGAGUUUGAAUAUGUUAAAGGUGUUUCAACUUUUCAUUUCAUUAGUCGUAUGUACGGGAUACGCAUGGUAAACAUCGUCCAAUGAAAUGCUUACUUGCAGGUUCCUACUUGACAAUGCAACAACAACAAUAAAUAAUAAAAGAUGUGUGUGUGUGUGUGUGUGUGCUCUGUGUGUGUGUGUGUGCUCUGUGUGUGUGUGUGCUCUGUGUGUGUGUGCUCUGUGUGUGUGUAUGUGCUCUGUGCGUGCCGCCGUGCCCAGAAUGUUCUGAAAUCCCCUCAGCCCAGUCACACAUAGACAAGGGGAGUAAAUCACACGUGGAAGAGACACAGCACAGUGUCUGACAGAGGAAGAGACACAACACAGUGUCUGACAGAGAAAGAGACACAACACAGUGUCUGUCAGAGGAAGAGACACAACACAGUGUCUGACAGAGAAAGAGACACAACACAGUGUCUGACAGAGAAAGAGACACAACACAGUGUCUGUCAGAGGAAGAGACACAACACAGUGUCUGACAGAGGAAGAGACACAACACAGUGUCUGUCAGAGAAAGAGACACAACACAGUGUCUGUCAGAGGAAGAGACACAACACAGUGUUUGUCAGAGGAAGAGGUGUCCACGUGAUCUAUCUCUCUGUCUCAUUCUGUUAUGAGUACAACCCUACCUCACACAGGAAGCAGCGCAGAUCCUAAUCCAGGCACUUGUCAUCCCCCGUUUGGACUGCUGCAACUCACUGUUGGCUGGGCUCCCCACUUGUGCCAUCAAACCCCUGCAGCUUAUCCAGAACACAGCAGACCGCCUGGUGUUCAACCUUCCCAAGUUCUCCCAUGUCACCCCGCUCCUCAGUUCACUCCUCUGGCUUCCAGUCGAAGCUUGCAUCCACUACCAGACCAUGGUACUUACCUACGGAGCAGCAAGAGGAACUGCCCCUCCAUAUCUUCAGGCUAUGCUCAAACCCUACACCACAACCUGAGCACUCCGUUCUGCCACCUCUGGUCUCUUGACCCUCGCACCCCUAUGGGAGGGCAGCUCCCGCUCUGCCCAGUCCAAGCUCUUCUCUGUCCUGGCACCCCAAUGGUGGAACCAGCUUCCCCUUGAAGCUAGGACAGCAGAGUCCCUGUCCAUCUUUCGAAAACAUCUGAAACCUUACCUCUUCAAAGAGUAUCUUAAAUAAUCCCAAAAGCAUCAUGUCAGAUGACAAACUAUACUGAAUGACGAGAGCUGAGUGAUCUGUCGAUGUUGUCCCCCAACCAUCACUAUUCAAAUGGAACAGCGCCCUCUAGUGGUAGUCUGUCUCAGCUCUGCACUUGGGGUCCGUGUCUGUGCACUGUAGGCUAGUGAGUGUUUUCUCCAAGGUUUAUUGUCCAAGGUUGCUUCUCAGGUUAGCUAUUUUUUACAUUUACAUUUUAGUCAUUUAGCUGACGCUCUUAUCCAGAGCGACUUACAGUUAGUGAGUGCAUACAUAUUUAUUUAUUAUACUGGCCCCCCGUGGGAAAUGCUCUACCAACUGAGCUACAUCCCUGCCGGCCAUUCCCUCCCCUACCCUGGACAACUGUGCGCCGCCCCAUGGGUCUCCCGGUCGCGGCCGGCUACGACAGAGCCUGGAUUCAAACCAGGAUCUCUAGUGGCACAGCUAGCACUGUGAUGCAGUGCCUUAGACCACUGCGCCACUCGGGAGAACAAAGAGUGUUUCCAUUUCCACUCAUUAACAUGAAGUGCUCUCUCUCUCUCUCUCUCUCUCUCUCUCUCUCUCUCUCUCUCGCUCUCUCUCUCUCUCCCGUCUCACUGCGUCUCCCAUCCUCUCUCUCUCACUCUCUCGCUCUCUCUCUCUCUCUCUCUCUCUCUCUCUCUCUCUCUCUCUCUCUCUCUCUCUCUCUCUCUCUCUCUCUCUAUCUCACGGUCUCUCUCUCUGUCUCUCCCCCCACCUCUUCCCCCUCUCCUCUCCCUCUCUUCCCCAGACCUGAGGAGUAAGUGGUAUCUGGUGGUGGACCGCCUCACGGUGCUCUUCCUCAAGUUUCUGCAGUACUUCCAGCAGCUGCAGCGGACCAUCUGGUGGCUGCUGGAGCUCCACAUCAUCAAGAUCGUCUCAUCCUACAUCAUCUGGGUCUCAGUCAAAGAGGUGAGCCCACCUAUUCAGCCACCAUCUCAUCAAGAUUGCAAGGAGAAUACUUGCAUGCAUGAGAUUCCAACAUUGAUUCCCGCAAUCGCUAAACUUGAGAAUGGAUUGGUAGUGGAUUGCAUGUGCACAGGGUCUCAUCACUGUUCACGUGCUAUCUAAAUGGUAUUUACAUUUUAACUGACAACUAUCCUCCUCCAUCAAAAUAGGCUUCCAAAAGCAAUUAUACAUGCAGAAAAAAGGGUUCCAAAAGGGUUCUUCCGCUGUCCCCAUAGGAGAACCAUUUUUGGUUCCAGGUAGAACCCUUUUUGGUUCCAGGUAGAACUAUUUUGUGUUUCAUGUAGAACCCUCUGUGGAAAGGGUUCUACAUGGAGCUCAAAAGCGUUCUACCUGGAACCAAAAAGGGUUCUUCAAAGGGUUCUCCUAUGGGGACAGCCAAAGAACCCUUUUAGGUUCUAGAUUGCACCUUUUUUUCUAAGAAUGGAUGGAUGCGUUGAACUGUUAGACCACAUACUCUACGUCCAGGAAGUGAAGGUGUCUCUUUUGUCCUGUGUUCUCCAGGUGUCUCUGUUCAACUAUGUGUUCCUGGUGAGUUGGGCGUUCGCCCUGCCCUUCAGUCAGUUCAGGCCCCUGGCCUCCAGCGUCUGUACCGUCUGGACCUGCGUCAUCAUCGUCUGCAAGAUGCUCUACCAACUCACCUCUAUAAACCCCUCUACGUACUCUAAGAACUGCUCCAUGGUGGGUAGUGGCCCAGGGAGUGUUGAGGUAGUGGCCCAGGGAGUGUUGAGGUGGUGGCCCAGGGAGUGUUGAGGUAGUGGCCCAGGGAGUGUUGAGGUGGUGGCCCAGGGAGUGUUGAGGUAGUGGCCCAGGGAGUGUUGAGGUGGUGGCCCAGGGAGUGUUGAGGUGGUGGCCCAGGGAGUGUUGAGGUGGUGUCCCAGGGAGUGUUGAGGUGGUGGCCCAGGGAGUGUUGAGGUGGUGGCCCAGGGAGUGUUGAGGUGGUGGCCCAGGGAGUGUUGAGGUAGUGGCCCAGGGAGUGUUGAGGUGGUGGCCCAGGGAGUGUUGAGGUGGUGGCCCAGGGAGUGUUGAGGUGGUGGCCCAGGGGUGUUUGUGUGUAUUUUCUAUCCUCUAUGUUCCUGUUAUUUUUCUCUUUCUAUGUCUCUCCUCUUUGAGUGUCUCCUCUAGGGGGUCAGUCGGUCCUAAUACAGGCAUUAUACUCCUCUUCUGUGUUGUGAUAGCCUGGACUGGUUCACAAUGUUAAUGACACACCUUUCCUCUCGUCUGUAGCCUCUGAACUACACGGAUGCCCAGAGGAGUGAGAUGGCCCAUUCCCUGCUCUACAGCGCCCCUGUGGACCCAGCCAACUGGGUGGGCCUCCGCAAGUUCUCCCCGCUACUGGAGAACCUGAGGGUGGGUGGAGGAGAGAGACGCUGCACUGGGAACCUGACUACACACACACACACACACACACAGUGUAUGCACAUAUGGGCACAUAUGCAGCCUGUCUACCUCACAUAUAACUAAAACUACUGUAACCGUGUUAUAUUAUACACCAGUAUCAUCUCCCUAACAGCCCUUUGUAGUGCUCAAAUUACACUUAUCUCUUGGGGAUGGCCUGAAAACAGUUGGUUGGACCCAUAGAAUUAGGAGUUAGACAUUUUGAAAUUAGUAAUUUAAUAGGAUUUCUAUGGUUGGACCAAUGUUGUUUAUGGUGGUGCCAAUGUUUAAAUCAUUAACAUAUACACUGUCAUUUGAACCCUGACCCAUUUAUCUGUCCUAUCUCCAUCUCCUUCCAGAACAACCUGUUGAUGCUGGCCCUGCUGGCGUUCGAGGUUACCAUAUACCGCCACCAGGACCUGUACCGCAUGAAGAACAAUCUCACCACGCCCGUCACCAGAACCAUCUUCCACGACGUCACCCGGCAACACCUCGACGACAGCAUCCUCAACUGUGCCAAGUACUUCAUCAACUACUUCUUCUACAAGUUCGGCCUGGAGGUAUGA